CAUGUGCCUUAGUUUGGUGCCUGAAGUUUGGCGCACAACACGAGCCCGGCACAUCAAGGCACAAAGCGACCGUAUAUAUCGUAGGCGCCACAGUACGGGUAUGUUUUUUGCUUUUUUCCCCCGCAAAGAACGCGUUACAUGCACGGUUGGUUACACAACAUAAAACUUACAUUACAGCAUACUGCCCAUAGUAGUAGACUUAUGGGGACGGAACGGUUGACAGCUAGCCAGACCCGAGAGCCUACGCACUUCGGCUUCAAUGUCCUACCUGUUGUAAUUAAUUGCUUGUAGCGCAAACACUCACAGGAAUGGGUGUCUUGCGUACAGACCCUUGCCUCUAUAGUCAUAGCCCUAGUGACCGCAUUAACUUACCCUUGCAUCAACCAAAAGCUCGUGGCUCGGUAUGGCGAUUAGCUCUGCGUGCAACUAAUGAAGGUCAAGGACAAGUCCACGCAACACAGCCUAACGCUUCUGCUUCGACGGGGUCCUCACAACCAUGGACGCUUAUGGGUAGAAUGGUCUCACCUGACCGCAUCCAGCUGUCGGAGGAGCAAAGAAUAGCGCUUAUCGCCUCUGCUGCAGCCCAGCUCAGCGGCGCCGACCCUGCAGCCUUCACGGAGCAGGUCCAGGAGCUGCUGCUGCUGCUGCCCUCGCUGCGCCCCCGCCUGGCGUCCCUGCAGCCCGCGCUGCUGGCGGAGCUGGCUGGCAACACGGCAGCGGUGGCGGGCAAGAUGGUCCAGCUUCGUGAGUGGUUCCCCUCCGCCGACCUGUGCGCCCUGCUGGGCCGCCACCCCGGACUGCUGACGGAGGCGGGGGGGUGGGGCGGCGUGCGAGAGGCGCACCGCAAGCUGCACACCAUGUUCCCGGAGGGGGGCGUGGAUGAGAUGGUUACCCGCCAGCCUCUGCUGCUGGUGGAGGAUGUGGACUGGGUGGUGGGCGAGCUGGAGAGACUGCUUUCAUCCGGCGGCAGCAGCAGCGGUGGCAGCAGCAGCGGUAGUGGCAGCAUCAGCUCCGGCACUGGCGCUACCAACACCCGUCAGCAGCAGCAGCCCCAGCAGUCCGGGUGGUGUGCCCGGUUGCUGCGGGCCGACCCCGACCUGCUGCUGCUGGUCGCCAACAACCGCAAACUCAGUCUGUGGUAGCAGCCGCUGAGGCUGAGGCUUGAGGCCCGAGAGGGGAGGGAGCUGGGAAGGGCCUGAGAGUGGGGUCGGCGGUGCGGCGGCGAGUGGUGCUAACACAGGCGUGGCAGCGCGUGAAGCAGCAGGACUUGCAGCAAAGGACCAGGAGCAGACGCGGCGGCGGCUAAUGCCUGGUGUGGACGUGCGGCUGAUGCUGCUGCGCAACCCUGGAGUGGUGACGCAGGUGCAGCGGGGCGGGGGCAGCCUGGGGCCGGGGGCGGAGUUCAUGGUGGACUGGUGGUGAGGGGGGGAUGCAGGGAGGGAGAGGGGGGAGAUAGGGAGGAGGUAGGGAAAGAGGAGGAACUGACCAGUGAGUUGAGGAGAAGGGGUGGUGACUGAAUGGCGAGGGAGCGAGGAAAGGGGGGAGCAGGGAGCGGAGGAGAGACGACAGAGAGGAGGAGUGGGAGAGGGGUUGAGAGGAGAACGCGCGGUGAGGCAGCAGGUGGCAGCAGGAUGUCUCUGUCUAGGAGGGUGCGCGAACCAUGUACCGGUAUGAGAGGCGGUACAACAGAGGCGGCGUUCUUUUUCCGGAUAAGAGUGUGAAAGUAGUUGGACUUGUGGCAUGUUGGCGUGUUUGCAUGACCCGCGGGUCACAUUAGACAGUACGUACCCAGCGCGCAUUAGAGAGGUCAGACCGCAAUCCUGGGGCGGACCAAGGAAGUGCCCACAUGCAUGCACAUGCCCCCAGCAGAUCUGUAGUGAGAUCAGCAGUAAGGCUGAUGGCACCCGGACGGCACAAGAUGUAUGAAUGCUGCUGGUACUUAAUUGCUAUGGUUGGUAAGGUCAAGCGUGGGAAGGUGGAAUGCUGCUUGCAAACCUGGCUGGCUGGCUGACUGCCUUUAUCGAUUGUACGGUAGCGCGCGGCUUGGCCGCCGUACAAUGCGCCUGAAAGCGGCUAGUCCAGCAGCGCUUGGUGAAACGUCCAGGCAGCAGACAACAAGGGAUACCGUAACCACACACAAAGGGGAUGCUGCUAAUUCAGACGGCUGCUCAGGCUCGCACCUGACGCCCCGAGUGCUCGUUAGCUGACGACGCACUCUCGUACCACCGCACUAGCAGCUAGUGUACUUGUACCUUCCAUCUAGCGUGCA